AUUUAUACUGAUUAAUUCAACGAUAUUCAACGAUACGAGGGCGUGUUUCGGAUACAUAGUUUUUUUACAGAGUCCGUCUGGCGUCCCGUGGCACGGGAGAGCACGAGCCACAAGAAAUCGCCGACUAUGAAACCGCUUUGGACGCGGCCGGUUAUGGUCGCUUCAGCCGCAGCGUGCUCGGCGCGUGCGCAUGCGCAUUCUUCACUACCGGCGUGCAGAACUGCGUCAUGUCGUACGUGCUGCCGGCGGCGAGGUGUGAACUCAAGCUGACCACGUACCAGGCCGGUUUGAUCAAUAUGGCGUUUAUGAGCGGUGGCGUUGCAAGCGCAUUUUUCUGGGGCAUCGUUGCUGAUGUCUUCGGGAGAAAGAAUAUUCUAAGCAUGACGCUGCUGGUUGAUUCCACGAUACUACUCGCUCAAAGUACUAUAUCAGAUUAUCGUCUUCUGUUAGCCGCGAGGUCUAUUAAUGGUUUUCUGAUCGGUGGUCCGUCAACUCUGGUAUUUACAUAUCUAUCAGAUUUAGUUGGAUAUAAACGAAGACAGUUUUAUCUCGACAUAACCGGCAUGAGCUUCGUGGCUGCCUGGCUGAUAUUACCUGCAAUCGCAUGGCUAGUUAUACCAAUUAAACUGACUGGCUACACGACAUUGCUGCCCAUAUAUUCCUGGCGCCUGUACUUGGCUCUGGGCAGUAUACCAGGCUUUUUGGCGGGGAUAUGGGUCCUGUUCCUGCCUGAGAGCCCGAGGUUACUCUCUGACACAAACAGAAGCGACAGGGCGUUAAAGAUAAUGGCGUAUAUCAAUAAAUGUAAUAAAGGUUCCUCGUCUGAAUUUAAGAUCAAGAAGCUCAUUCAGGACAACAUUUUCAUGACGAAAACCCUGAGUGGAGAUCAGAGUAGAACGAGGGCGUUAUUUAUUGGCGUUUUGAAGGAUCUUAAGAUGUUUAUCUCCAAGAUGUACGCCGUCAAGUCCAGCUUGAUAUUGUUCGUGUUCUUCGCUAACAUGGCUGCAGGCUUCGGCUUGAACCUCUGGAUACCAGAACUGCUUCUGCGAAUGCAAGGAAAAACAUGUCCAGUGAAUCAAUCGUUACCUGAAAACGCAAUGCUGUUCAACGCAAGUAACAUUCCAUGGAAAGACAUACCUAAGAUCAGCGAUGAUUAUUCAAAACCAGAGAUUGAUAAAUAUAAUUCAAGCUUCGAUAUUGUUCACGCAGAGAAGUGCGAUGAAAAUAUAAAUGAUUCAGUGUUCACGUCGGGUCUCAUAGUGGGCGCGUGUUGCGUCAUCGGUAACGCAGCGUGCGCGCUAGUGUCGUCGCGCGGCGGGGGCGGCGUGCGGCGCGCGGCGGCGCUGUGCGCUUUAGCGUGCGCGCUCGCUUGUGUGUGUCUGGCGGCGUGCGUGUGCGCGUGCACCGCCUCCUCGCACUUGGCAGUGGCAGCUGCAGCCGUGCUGAACGCCGCCUCGCUUAACGGCAAUGUGCUGUUAAUAAGAUUAUUACUACAUGCACUUCCGGCUAAAUUAGGUGGCUUAGGCGUAUGCUGGGGAGCAUGGUGGGGUCGCGCGGGGGGAGUGGCUUCAAACCUAGCAGUGGGCGUGUUGCUGGACUACUCGUGUCCAGCACCCUUCAUAUCUGUCGCGGCGUUGUUAGCACUGUCAAUCGGUGCGAUCAUGAUGAUAAAAUUGGAAGAAAUAAAAGUUAUAGAUGAAAAUAAGACUGAAUCAGACAGCGCGGAGAAGAACAUAGGAUUGGAGAGAUAUAUUUCAACUCACAUGUAGUAGUACUACAAAAUAAUUUCGAUAGUUCUAAAGAAAUUAGUCUGAAUUUAAUUUGUACAUUUAAAACAAGAACUUGAUUGAACUUGUGUAAGAAUUGUAGUGUUUUAGUUGUGGUGAACUAUUUUAAUUUGAUCCCCUUAAUCGUUGAUUUGGAUAUCAAAUUUUAUCUUAUAAGUAAUCAGGACCAUUAUACCUGAGUGUUGAUUGA